AUGGAAGGAAUUCAAUAUUUCUUACGCACAGCUACUGUAUUUCUUAGUCUGGUUACAUUUUGCAAACUUAGUUAUGCAGCUUCAAAAUCUUCAGGAUUCACCAUCAGGCUCAUCCCAAGUGAUUCUCUGGAGUCUCCCUUAUAUGAAGGUAACCUUACUCAACAUGAAAGAAUUGAAAGAAAUGUUAAUAUCACUCGGGCAAAUGCUAAACGAACGAAAUCGUAUUCGUCCCGAAAUGGAUCAUUCGAUGAUGAUAAGCAUUUCGCUACUCUAGCUCGUCAGCGUUACAGGUACGUUGCGCAACUUAUGAUCGGAAAUCCAAUUCAAACUCAGUAUUUAGUUGUGGACACUGCUUCCUCCGUGAUUUGGACACAGUGUGAUCCUUGCAUAGAUUGUUUUCCCCAAAUUUUUCCCAUAUACAAUCCAGAAGCUUCCAGUUCUUACUAUAGAGUUUCUUGCGACCACCCUCGUUGUUUUCACGAAGACGAAAACAGCGAUUUCCGUUGUAUCAAUGAUGAAUGUGUGUAUAGCAUUACCUAUGGCAGUGGCGAUUUCCGUUCUGGCCCGACAGAAGGUUUUUUUUCCUCAGAAGCACUUCAUCUUUUAAAUAGCCAAACUGGCCAGACCGAAGAAUUUAGACUUCUCUUUGGCUGCUCCAACAAUAACAUACAUUUUGAGUUUGAAGAUGAACCGGGUAACAUCGUUUCCGGGAUCAUGGGUUUAGACUUAAAUCCAAAUUCACUAAACAACCAAUUGUCAGAUUACAUCUAUGAUAUUUUCAGCUAUUGUAUUGUUCCUUACCAUCAAGAUUACCCUUUUGAUGUGCAUCCUCUUUUGCUAAGGUUUGGGGAGGAUGUUUAUUUACCUUCAGGACGCAUUCCAGCAACGAACUACUACACUUUAGAAGGAAGUGAUUAUUAUUAUGUUGAACUUGAAGAUAUAAGCGUCGGAGUUCGCCGAUUACACAUCCCACCAGAUACCUUCAACGCUGCAUCUAAUUCCGAUUUCUUCUUCGACACAGGAGCUCCAUUCUCCAUACUCACCACAAGGGCCGAAAAUGGGCUCAAUAUUUUUGAAUUGGUGGUGGAAAGAUUCGCUCAACACUAUAACAAUCAUGGUCUUAUGAGAUUACCAGCUUCUCGCCAUCGUUCAGAGUUCGAAUAUUGUUACAGGAGCCAACGAAAUUUCAGAGAUUUUCCAUCAAUGACGUUCCAUUUCCGAGGAGCAGACUACAUAGUAGAUGGCAGGUUUAUGAAGAUUCAAUAUCAAGGAUUUUUCUGUGUGGCAUUAAUUGACCAUCCAUCAAAUUCAAUUCUGGGUGCAUAUCAAAUGCAGAAUAUGCGCAUCAUUCAUAAUGGCAUGAUCAAUGCAAUACAGUUUUUCCCGGAAGACUGUGCUGAUGAUCAUAUUUAG